AAACCUAGCCUGCCACGCAGCUGUCAGGCGCAGAAGGAUUUGCCCGCCAUUUCCUUCAAAGCCGAGGAAAAUCAAAGACGAGGCCUACUGCUACUUCCAACCCUCUUUCGGCAGCUGUCUCUCUUCAGCCGCCUCCUCCUGCUCAAGGGGAGAGAAGAGGCACGCCCACCCUCGCGCUUUCCCUCAGGCCGCUCUGAAGAGAAGAAAAACCUCCAGAGGCGGCUCGGGGAAGCCUCAGGCAUUUCUGAAAUGAAGAAACUUCUUCUAAUUGAUGUUGAUUGUGGUGUUGAUGAUGCUCAAGCCAUAAUGAUGGCUCUAGCCGCUCCCGGUGUUGAAGUUCUGGGAAUCACUUGCUGUUAUGGGAACACUCUGUUGGAAAACACAUGUCGAAAUGUACUCCGGGUGUUACAAAUUUGUAACCGGCUUGAGAUUCCAGUUUAUCCUGGUGCUUCUGCUCCUAUACUUGGCGGCCCAGUGCAUGGGUCUUUUUUUCACGGAAAAGAUGGUUUGGGUGAUGUACCAGAUCCUAAAGCUCCAGGACUAGAACUUCUGCAGAAAGAACAUGCUGUGCUUACAAUAUUAAGAACAGCCAAUGAGCGACCUGGUCAGGUCUCCCUGGUUGCUACUGGUCCUUUAACAAAUUUAGCGCUGGCAGUGAAAAUGGAUCCAGCACUUCCAAAGAAACUUAAAAGUGUGUUUAUCAUGGGAGGAAAUACUGAAUCCAGAGGAAAUACUACAGUCUGUGGGGAAUUCAAUUUUGCAACUGAUCCAGAAGCUGCACACAUUGUCUUAAAUGAGUACACCUGCCCAAUUUAUAUUGCAGCUUGGGAGUUCACAUGUUCUUGUUCUCUGUCCUGGGAAUUCUACCAUGAAUGGGUUAAUCAGAAUACCGAGAAAGCCAAGUUCAUGAAAAAGAUAUUUGCCCAUUCUUUGCAAAUAUCAAAGUAUCUCGAGGAAUGUGGAGGUGAGAAAGAAUGGAGAUCAGGCUUUAUAUCUUGUGAUUCCUAUGCUAUGGCUGCUGCAAUUGAUGAGAACUUUAUCACAGAAGUCAAAGAAAUUGGUGUAAGUGUUGAACUCAAUGGUACGCUGACAAGAGGAAUGAUGGUAUUGGAUUGGACUGACAAACUGAAAAAGGAAAAGAAAGCCUAUGUCAUGAAAAGCUGUGAUUUAGAGAAGUUUCGGGCACUUAUGAUGUCUGCUUUACAAUAGAAAUUAGCUUACUGGGGUACCUUCUCUGAGAGGGUUUUGGGCACCUUAGACAAACUAUGACUUCAGCAGCCUCCAUUCAACAUUAUACACACAAACAUAAUCAAUAUAAGCACAGUUAACCAAUCACAACAAAAAUAACUGAUGAUCAUAUCUGCAUUUUACAUAGAAAUGAUGAUGGUCACAGACUAUUACUUGCAUUUCAUAGACUUUUAAUCUUACAUUUUACAAUUUUUUCCUCUGUACUUGUGUUUGUGUAAUUGUGUCCAACUGGGAAUCCACUAUGAUCGCAGUCCAUAUGACCCUCCUCUUCUUCCUGGCUGCUUUAGAAGACCAAAUACCACACCUGGGGUUCUAAUCACAGCAUCAUGUGUAAUUUUAAUUCUUAUCACAGUGCAAAGCCAUUAUAUCUUCUGAGAAUAAUAAUCAUCUUGUCAUGUAGAUAGUUUCAGAGAGUAGCCAUGUUGAUCUGCAGUGGUAUUCUGAUUUUAGUCCAGUAAAUCCUUAGAAACUAACAAAAUUUUCAGGGUAUGAGCUUGGGUCACAUGUAAGCACAUACAGAUAUUUUUUAUUCCCGCUCCCCCCGCCUUAAUUCUGAGCUGAUUUGUUUGUAGACCCCAAAAUAUAGCAACGACUUUCCCAACAUUUAUUACUGUGGCUUUGCAUGCAUAACUCCCCCUCCUUGUUUUUCAAAUUGUUGGGCUUCUAUUUCAAAAUGUAUUAAAAUACAUACAGGUUUAUAUUAUGAAUGUAAACAGUCAGAUCAUAGAUCCCUGAGGAAAAUACUUUUUAAAGUAUGCUAUUUAAAAUUGUAUUAGUGAGCAUGAUAAACUAUGAGAGGUGGUGGGGGAGGUAAGGGAUAUUUUAAAAUUAUGGCUGACUGAAAGUAUAAAAAGAAGUCUUAGCAUUAGGCAUUCAUGAUCAAAAGAGAUUAGUAGGAUCUUAGCUGAAUAAAUACAAAACUGGGGAAACAUUUUGCCUGCUUUGUUGUAAGCAAAAAUGAAUUGCAGAGUGUUAAAUCCAAGCUAACUGAACUUAGUUUGAGUAUACUUUCCAUUUUCAAAAACAAGACUUUCCCAUAAGAGUAAUUCAUCCACUUUAAAGAGGCAAAUGGAACAUUGGUGGGCUUAUUCCAAGGGCUCUAAUCCUAAGCAUGCUUACCUGGGAGUAAAUUCCAUUGAACACAGUGGGACAACUUCUAUGUGAAGACACACAUAGGCUUAUGCUGCAAGUUGCUUAGGAGGCAUAGCCACUUUUUGAAGGCUGUUCCAAGGCAGGUGGCAUCUUCCUGAGCCUCAGUUUGGCCAACCUGUUCUGGGAUCCACAACUCCCUUGCCAACUCGCUUCAAGAAGUAGCAGCAGACCAGCAGUGCUGUGCACCACAGGCAGAAACGGAGCACCAGAGAAGGAGCAGUUACAUACCAAACCGGCACAGCAGCUGCAGCACAUCUGUGAGGAAGGCAGAGCUGCUUGACCUUUCACAGAAAAGCUGCACCAGUUGUUCCUGAUAAAAGGCAGAAGAGACACAUUUGCUACACUACAAAUUCUACAUUCGAAUAUUGCCAGUUGGAAUCUCCACCAAUCCACCCCCUGUGCCUAUUUGUGCACCCUAAAGUCUAGAGCUGUAGGCAAUUGCCUUGUUUGCUAUCAAGGCUGGUAUCUUGAUAGCCAUUAAAAACAUACAUUGUCUAAUAGACAUUAUGUUUCCCCUGGGCCCAUGCAAUCUAACAUGUAUUAUUAGUUUAAUUAUAGGAACUUCUUUCCCGGCAUGUGGAGACCCAGUAUGGCUGGAAUCUUACCUGAACUCUUACUUGGAAAUAAGUUCCAUGAAAUAAACCAGAAUUUACUUGUGAGUAAACAUGCAUAGCGUUUAGACUGUAGCUAUAAGGAUUUCUACUGGGAAGGAUUAAGGAUGAGAUUCACACUUGGGUCCUGAGAAAAAUAAGCACUUUUGAUUUUACUGGAUGGAUUAAAUGUAUUAAGUACUGGAUGGAUUAAAUUAUUGUUAAGUUAGACAAGGGACAUACAUAAAUAAUACUGUAUAAUUUAAAUAAUCACAAACUUAUAUUUAAUAAUUUCAUCUAGCAUAAAUUAUGCAAACUAAUGAUAGGCAUAUGCUAUGUUAAAAUGGAAAAAACUAUUUCAGGAUGAAAACUGAAAGUAUUAUUUUGUUUAGAACUUACAGUAUUUUACUAUUAACAAUGUAAGGCAUUUGCAUCUACAAACAUGAGUCAUUUCUUUUAAUAUAUUGUAACAAACAUUGAAUUAUAUAGUGUAGAUAACGUAAAAUAUUUAAUAAAAUAUGAUUUAAAAAUAUAAAA